GUAGUGAUCGAUCAUGAGAAAGAUAAACCAGGUGUCAAAGAGAGCAGUUCUAGAGAAGCUAAUGGCACGUGGCUUUCACACGAAGAAACUAGUGGAGUUGCCAAAAUGUUUAGACGAGUAAAAACAAUGCUGCCUUCUAUUAAUUUCACGGCUUCUGAGCUCUGGCAGGUUCUUUCUUACUACCCCGGCGGCCAUUACGCCCCUCAUUUUGAUUUCAUCACGUAUACUUCACCAAAACAGUGGGAUUCUUGGAUGACGAAAUACGGAAAUAGAAUGGCAACUUUACUUCUUAUGCUCCAGCCAGCCACGAAAGGGGGAGGAACCCUUUUCCCGAAAUUGCGUGCAACAGUCAUGCCUUCACGUGGAGAUGCCAUUUUCUGGUUUCAACAUGAAUGUCACAAGAGGAAAGGUAAUGAACUUUGA